AUGGCCCAGAGCGUGGUCUAUGCCGACCUGAAGUUUGCCGCGGGCCCCUCAUCCGCAGUCCCCGACGACAAUGACAGUCCCUACGAGAACGUGCCGCUGGGGCCGGUGACAGAAGAGCCCAGCCCAGGGCGCUGGACCCGGCGAUGGCAUGUCCCCACAGCGCCGCUGGCAGCCAGCCUGCUCCUGCUGCUGCUGGUGGUGGCCGUCGUGGCCCUGGGGGCUUGCUACUGGCAGGUCACCCGCAGCCUGGAGGACACCUCCCGUGAGCACACAGCCGAGCAGGGCCGCCUGUCACAGGAGCUGAGGGCGCAGGGGCAGAGCCUGGAGCGGACACAGCUGGAGUUGGCGUGGGCCAGGGCAGAGCUGCAGCGAGCGUGGCGUGAGGGCAACAUCAGCCAGCUGGUGCUGGAAAGGAGGAAUACUGAGCUGGGGCGUACCCAGCUCGAGCUGGAUGUAUUGCAGGACAAGAUGGAGGUGGUGCAAGAGAAGCUCAGGAGCAGUGAGGGCACUGUGAGCAGCCUGCGUGCCUGCAUGUAUUCAGAGUGCUGCCCCAGGGGCUGGAUACUCUACAGGACCAAGUGUCUCUUCAUCUUGGCGACAAUGCAGACCUGGCAGGAGAGCAAGAAAGGCUGCGCAGACAGAGAGGCUCAACUGCUGGCCAAAGAGGACUGGGCACCAUUGGAUUUUAUGCGGGGUUCUGGUACAAAGUACUGGAUUGGAACAAGAAUACCUUAUGUGACAAGGAGUUCUUCUGUACAAGUGGACAACAAACACCAGUAA